AUGAAGUUGGUGAGGUUUUUAAUGAACAUGCCAAAUGCAACCAACCAACCAGUGACGGUUGAGUUGAAAAAUGGGAACUCUAUCAAUGGGCAAAUUCUAUCGUGCUCCCCACUGAUGAACUUAUCAAUGAAAAACAUUAAACUUAUUCAACCCCAUCAGGACCCUCAGCUACUCCAGUACAUAAACAUUAGAGGUAACCAGAUCAGACAGAUACUAUUACCCGAUGAUUUGAAUAUAGAAAGUGUUUUGGCCAAAAGUGUGGUGAAAAUAAAGGGCCAUGGUGCUGGACCAUCUUUGAAAAACCCUAUAUCCACCAGAGGUGGAAGAGGAGGCCGUGGUGGCGGAGGAGGCCGUGGUGGCCGUGGUGGCCGUGGUGGUCGUGGAGGAAGAGGAGGAAGAGGUGCAAGAGGAUUUUGA